AGGUAUGAGACGUCGGCGGCCCGGGAGGCGUCGCGCCAGACGUGCGCGGCCGGCGUCCGCGCGCGAUCCCGCGAGCCGUUCGCUCGGCGGAACGGGUCGGCGGCGACGCGCUCGCGCCGCGCGACGCGUCGCCCGGGGGCGCCGUCGUGGCUCGACGCGCGACCCUGCAGGUAUGAGACGUCGGCGGCCCGGGAGGCGUCGCGCCAGACGUAUGAGACGGCGGAGCACGGCAUCGCGACGCGCCAGGAGUAUGAGACGUCGGCGGCCCGGGAGGCGGCGAUCCAGAAGUGCGCGACCGGCGUCCGCGCGCGAUCCCGCGAGCCGUUCGCUCGGCGGAACGGGUCGGCGGCGACGCGCUCGCGCCGCGCGACGCGUCGCCCGGGGGCGCCGUCGUGUCCCGAGCGCGACUCCGCAGCUAUGAGACGUCGGAGCACGGCAUCGCGACGCGCCAGGAGUAUGAGACGUCGGCGCUCGGCAUCGCGACGCGCCAGGAGUGCGCGGCCGGCGUCCGCGCGCGAUCCCGCGAGCCGUUCGCUCGGCGGAACGGGUCGGCGGCGACGCCCUCGCGCCGCGCGACGCGUCGCCCGGGGGCGCCGUCGUGUCCCGAGCGCGACUCCGCAGCUAUGAGACGUCGGAGCACGGCAUCGCGACGCGCCAGGAGUACGCAACGAUGUGCACGCCCGGCGUCCGCCCGACGUCUCCAGACCGGGAGUCGCGCGACGCGUCGCGCGUCGCGGCCCGACGCGCGUCCCGCGACCGACAGGCAGCUCGGCAAGCAGCGCGUCUUCCGCUUGAUCUUGAAGACCAUCGUGCGCGCCAUCAUGCCGUACUUGGACCCGGAGGAUGUAGCCAAGCACUUCGACCGGCGCGCGGCGGAGCGCGCCAUCGCGCGGGCGAACAGCGAUCGCUUCCGCCGCGGGAUGGUGUUGGGCGACGGCAUCAUCGCGACGAUCUUGAUGAACCAGCCCGACCUCAAGGGCCUGCUCCCGACGGAGCCGCCGUGCGUCUACGAGGACUCGGACGCGGCGAACUGGCUCGAGCCCUCGAAGACCUGGCUCCAGGCGCGCGCGGAGGGCGGGUCCCUCUACCACGCGACGAACGUCGCGCCGGAGAACCUCCUCUGCGUCGACGGCACGCCCUACCUGCUGCGACCGUACGACCACUACGAGCGCGGGCGGCCCGCCUACGCGGGCGUCUGGGCCACGUGCUACUCCGCGGGCAAGGCCCUCGGCUUCGUCCAGGCGCACAAGCACAAGUCCUUCGUCACGAACGCGCGGGACAAGGGCGAGGACCUCUUCAUCUACAUCCUCUCGCGCGACCACCCGGACUACGGCAAUUUCCACCAGCUCUUCGUACGCUACGGCAUCCCCAGCGGCGGCUGCGGCUUCUUCGCCAAGUGCCGGUCCGUCGUCCAGGUCGCGCGGGGCACGCCCGGCCUGACGGUCCUGCGCAUCCACUGGCCGAACGGCCCCGCGGCGGACCCGGUCGCGGUCGUCGCCUACGGCGACCCGGCGAACCUGGACAUGUCGACGGUCAUCGUCGUCGCGCUGACCAACCUGUGGGUGGGCAUCGUCUGCGUGACGUUCUUCGAGGUCUUCCGGCGGCGCAACAUGCGCAUCUUCUCGCCCAAGGCGACGCUCUGCCCCGGGACGUGCCCGCCGGUGCUCCACGUGCCCGGCGCGAAGCCCGGCGCGCCGCUGUCGUGGGUGCGGCCGCUCAUGCGCCUCGGCGAGGACGACAUCCUGCGCUACGGCGGCUACGACGUGCUCAUCUACCUGCGCUUCAUGUCCCUCUCGCUCAAGAUCUUCGGGUCCUUCGCGCCCUACGCGUUCAUCGUGCUCCUACCGGUGAACGCGUCCGUGAGCUACUGGCCGGGUCGGACGAGUAGCGACGACGACGACGGCGCGACGAGCAGCAAGGACAACACGUUCAACCGCUUAUCCAUGUCGGCCAUGCCCGUCCACGACAAGCGCAUGUGGGCCCACUGCGUCGGCUGCUUCCUCCUCACGUUCCUGUCGAUGCACUUCCUCGCGCGCGAGUGCCGCUGGUACACGCGGCUCCGGCACCGGUUCCUCACGCAGCGCGACGACGUGCGCCAGCGCACGAUUUUAGUGCGCCAGGUCCCCCGGGAGCUGCGGUCCUCCGACGCGCUCGCCGCCUACUUCGCGAAGCUCUACCCGGGCAAGGUCGUCGGCGCGGUGGUAUGCCGGAAAGUCGCGCACCUCGACGGCCUGCUCGUCGCGCGCGAGGCCGCCGCGGCGCGCCUCGACCGCGUCACGCACCGGCGCGCUUUAGCCAAGGCGCGCGAGGGCGAGUACCCGAAGCGCGACCGCGGGUCGUGCGCGCGCGCGGGCGACCGCGCGCACCGCGCGCUCGAGGACGCGUACGACCCGCUCUGCUGGCGCUGCGCCUUCGGCGUCCAGGAGCGCGCGCAGCACCACGCGGCGCAGCAGCGCACCUUCGACGAGCGCAUCGCGCGCGAGCGGCGGCGCCAGGCGCUCGCGGACGCGCUCGUCGGCAAGCCCCGACGGGCCGCCGCGCCGCAAACCGCGGACUCGUACCAGGAGGCCGCGCCGCCCGACGACGACCGCGAGGUGGCGGCGCCGUCCCUCGGCGACGCGCUCUGCGGCGCCGCGGACGUCGACCUCGGCGACGACGACGGCGGCGGCGGCGGCGGCGGCGUCAUGUACGAGGAGUGGAGCGACGGCGCGGACCUGUCCUUCUCCGACAAGCUGCUCGUCGGCUUCGGGCUGAAGCGCGAGCGCGACGUCGUCGAGCGCGCGGGGCUCCUCGACGGCGCGUCGGGCCCGCCGAUCAAGGAGGGCGAGGCCGGCGGCCGCCGCGCGACGCUCUACGACACGGGCUUCGUGACCUUCCGGGCCUUCACGGGCGCCGCCGUCGCGACGCAGGUCUUCCACGCGGCGACGCCCGGCGGCAUGGUCGCGUCCAUGGCGCCCGAGCCGCGCGACGUCUUCUGGAAGAACGCGGAGCUCAGCGGCAAGCAGCGGACGACGCGGCGCGUCGUCGCGGACUGCCUCGUGGUCCUGCUGCUCAUCUUCUACAUCAUCCCCGUGACGCUGAUUUCCCUCGUCUUCAGCGAGCAGGCGCUCAAGGCCCACUGGCCCGCGCUCAAGGAGCUCGCGAGCGACUCGCUGGCGUUCGACGCGUGCGUGAAGAUGGUGCAGCCGAUGGCGCUCAUCGCUUUGAUGCUCCUCCUGCCGCCGGCGUUCCUGGGGCUGGGCUUCUGGGAGGGCACGCUGAGCUGGAGCGAGAACACGCUGACGCAGCUGAGCCGCUACUACUCGUUCCAGAUCACGAACGUGCUGCUCGUGACGACGAUCGCGGGCUCGCUGGUCAAGUGCCUCCAGAAGAUCAUCGACGACCCCCAGGCGACGCUGAGCCUCCUGGGCGAGUCGCUGCCCCAGGUCUGCGCCUUCUUCUCCUGCUACAUCUUCAUCAAGGUCUUCUCGGGGCUGUGCAUCGAGCUCUGCCGCGCCGUCGCGGCCGUGCAGCAGGCCCUCAAGCGCUGCCUCUACCCGUCGUCGACGCCGCGGGACCAGCGGGCCGAGGUGCUGGGCCUGCGCGACUUCGAGAACCCGGGCUGGUUCUCCUACGGCAAGUACGGCGCGCAGGAUUUGCUCGUCGUCGUGCUGCUCAUGACGUACUGCGUCAUGUCGCCGAUCAUUUUAGUGCCGGGCCUGCUCUUCUUCGGCUGGGCGUCCGUCGUCUACCGGCACCAGCUCCUCUACGUCUACGAGCCCAUCUUCGAGAGCGGCGGCCUCCUCUGGCCGCGCAUCUACCGGCGGACGCUCUUCUCCAUCUUCAUCAUGCAGCUCACGAUGGUCGGCCUCUUCUUCCUCAAGCACGCCUUCUCCCAGGGCUACUGCGUCCUCGCGCUCUCCGUGCUCACCUACCUCUACAAGAUGCAGAUGCGCUCCAUGUACACGACGUCGUCGUCCGUCGCGCACCACCUCCCCAUGGAGCUCGCGACGGCCGUCGACGAGCAGAUCUCCGAGGACGCGGAGGCGGACGCGAAUGCCAUGCUCGACGCGGGGCUCCACGGCUACCUCCAGCCGAGCCUGCGCGCCGACAAGGCGACGGAGUAGCCUAAACGGCCGUCCUU